AUAUCAGGGGACGCCAUCACAGGCCUGUUGGAGGAAGCCAGUUCGUGUUCUCGUAUUUAUCCCGAACAUAUCGGCCUGAAAUCGUAGCGAAGGGGUUUGUAUUCGACCGUCGGGGAGUCUUUGGCAGGCGGAACGAUGAAUGCUCCGACUGCAGCCAAUCACAGCGCCGCCAUUCCACUGACCCGCUGACUCAGCAACAUCUCCCACGUGACCGGUCAACUUCAUCGAAUCGCGGCAAACGAAGCCAGUCGAUGUUCAGCACAGGUGACUCCAUUGACCGCAACCAUGGCCGGCCCUAGCAAGUCUUUGAUCCUUGACCCGGCCCUCCAGAAAUACUACGAACUCACCGCAAACCGCUACAAGUACUUCCGCUGGACGCCGCGCCAUGCCUGGUUCUCGUUCCUCUACAUGGCUCUGAUCCCCGGCACUCUGGGCUACAUUACCUACAAGACGGAGGGCAAAUGGGAACUCCGUGGAAAGAGGAGGGGCGACACCAUCUCCGAGUGGUAGAUUGAUUUGAGAAAAUGGAGGAGUGAUGUGGUCUAUUGAGCUGUGUGCCCGGAGUGGGCU